AUGGUGCAGUCCGCAGUUCUCGGCUUCCCUCGCAUGGGUCGCCUCAGAGACUUGAAAAAGGCUACUGAGGCGUACUGGGCGGGCAAGAUUUCGCAAGCGGACCUCUUAGCCGAGGCAAAGCGCUUACGUCUUGAGCACUGGAAGAUCCAGAAGGAUGCUGGCGUUGAUGUCAUCCCCAGCAACGACUUCGCCCUGUACGAUCAGGUCUUGAAACAGUCGCAGGACUUCGGCGUUGUUCCUCCGCGGUAUGCCACCUCCGGCCUCGACGACAUCGACACCUACUUCGCGAUGGGUCGUGGACACCAGAAGGGAGGCGUUGACCAGCCGGCCAUGGAAAUGGUGAAGUGGUUCGAUUCGAACUAUCACUACGUCAAACCUGCAUUCCAAGACAACCAGACCUUCAAGCUCGCCGAAAACCCCAAGGCGGUUGAGGAGUUCCUCGAGGCCAAGGAGGCGGGCAUUAUCACCCGCCCCGUAGUCCUCGGUCCCGUGUCUUACCUCCACCUUGGCAAGCCUGACCAUGACCAGAGCGUCGACCCUAUCAGCUUGCUUGAGAAGCUCCUGCCGGUCUAUGUCGAGCUCAUCACCAAGCUGAAGGAGGCUGGUGCUCAGACCAUCCAGAUUGACGAGCCUGUCCUGGUUCUCGACCUUCCUGAGAAGGCCAAGGCUGCCUUCAAGCCCGCGUAUGAGAAGCUGGCCUCGACGGGCGUUGACCUUGUUUUCUCGACCUACUUCGGUGAUAUCGUUCACAACAUCGAGGUUGUCCCCAAGGACAUCUAUGCCGUCCACGUCGACCUUGUCCGCAACCCUGAGCAGCUCGAGACUGUCAUUGGUGCCCUUGGCCCCAAGACCAUCCUCUCUGCUGGUGUUGUCGACGGCCGCAACAUCUGGAAGACCAACUUCAAGCGUGCCAUCGAGAUCGUUGAGUCCGCUAUCCAGAAGCUCGGCAAGGAGCGUGUCAUUGUUGCCACCUCCAGCUCUCUCCUCCACACCCCUCACACUCUUGCCAGCGAGAAGAAGCUGGAUCCUGAGGUUGCCGACUGGUUCUCAUUCGCUUCUGAGAAGGUUGUUGAGGUUGCCAUCAUUGCCAAGGCCGUCACUGAGGGCCCUGCUGCCGUUCGUGAUGCUCUGGAGGCCAACGCCAAGUCCAUGAACGCCCGCGCCACCUCCAAGCGCACUAACGACCCUGCUGUCAAGGAGAGACAGUCCAAGAUCGUCGCCUCUGACUACAACCGCAAGUCUGAGUUCCCCUCUAGAAUUGCCCAGCAGCAGAAGAAGCUCAACCUUCCUCUGUUCCCCACCACCACCAUCGGCUCUUUCCCCCAGACUAGCGAGAUCCGUAUCCAGCGUGCCAAGUUCACCAAGGGCGAGAUCACCGAGGCUCAGUAUGACAAGUUCAUCGAGCAGGAGAUUGAGAUGAACGUCAAGAUCCAGGAGGAGCUUGGUCUCGAUGUCUUCGUUCACGGCGAGCCCGAGCGUAACGACAUGGUCCAGUACUUUGGUGAGCGCCUCAACGGCUAUGCUUUCACCACCCACGCCUGGGUCCAGAGUUACGGUUCCCGCUGCGUCCGUCCUCCGAUCAUUGUCGGUGACAUCUCUCGUCCCGCUCCCAUGACCGUCAAGGAGUCCAAGUACGCCGUCUCGGUCUCUUCCAAGCCCAUGAAGGGUAUGUUGACUGGCCCCGUCACUUGCUUGCGGUGGUCUUUCCCCCGUGACGACGUCCACCAGUCUGUCCAGGCCGAGCAGCUUGCUCUUGCUCUCCGUGACGAGGUCGUCGACCUCGAGAAGGCCGGCAUCGACGUCAUCCAGGUCGACGAGCCUGCCCUCCGUGAGGGUCUCCCUCUCCGCUCCGGCAAGGCCCGUGACGACUACCUCAAGUGGGCCGUCAACGCCUUCAAGCUCGCCACCGUCGGUGUUGAGGAUGCUACCCAGAUCCACUCCCACUUCUGCUACUCCGAGUUCCAGGACUUCUUCCACGCCAUCGCCGCCCUCGACGCCGAUGUCCUGUCCAUUGAGAACUCCAAGUCAGACGCCAAGCUCCUCAAGGUCUUCGUUGACUCCGAGUACCCUCGCCACAUUGGCCCUGGUGUCUACGACAUCCACUCCCCCCGUGUUCCCAGCGAGCAGGAGAUCAAGGAGCGCAUUGAGCAGAUGCUUGUCAACAUCAAGCCCGAGCAGCUCUGGAUCGACCCUGACUGCGGUCUCAAGACCCGCCAGUGGAAGGAGACCAAGGAGGCGCUCACCAACAUGGUCAACGCCGCCAAGUACUACCGCCAGAAGUACAGCUCUUAG